CUUUCUUGGCCAUGGAUUGGCUCCUGAAUCUCAUCCUUCCUUGCCCCACCACCACCAUAACUAUCACCCCAACUCUUACUCUCUCUCUACUUUCCUUCUCCACGGGAAAAAGGUAAAGAAUUCCCAUUCUUCUGUUUCCUCUUCUUGACCUGAAUUCCCAUCGGCAAGAGCUUGAAACCAUGGCUUCGGCCGUGCUUUACAGCUCAAUAAACGCAUCCCCAACGCUUUUCUCCAGAACCCAGUUCCCAAUUCCCGUCUCCAAAGCCUUCUCACUGGAAUUCUUACACACUCUGAACUGUAACUACGGUUUCAGAAGCAAAGAAACUGGGCAAGCAAAGAGGAUGGUGAGGGCAAAAGUGGCGACUGAAGCGCCGGCAAUUGACGGGAAUCUGCUGCCGUUGGGGAAAAAGUUGAGGAUUCUGGUCGCCGGAGGAGGCAUCGGCGGGUUGGUUUUCGCCUUGGCGGCCAAGAGGAAGGGGUUUGAGGUGGUGGUGUUCGAGAAGGACUUGAGUGCCAUAAGAGGAGAGGGACAGUACAGGGGUCCAAUUCAGAUACAAAGUAAUGCCUUGGCUGCUUUGGAAGCUAUUGAUUUGGAGGUUGCCGACCAAGUUAUGCAGGCUGGCUGCAUCACCGGUGAUCGGAUUAAUGGAUUGGUGGACGGUGUUUCUGGUAAUUGGUACAUCAAGUUUGACACAUUCACGCCUGCAGCGGAACGGGGGUUACCUGUCACGAGAGUUAUUAGUCGCAUGACCUUGCAACAAAUCCUAGCUCAUGCUGUGGGGGAAGAUGUGAUUAUGAAUGGGAGUAAUGUUGUUAAUUUUGAGGAUAAUGGUGAUAAGGUCACUGUUUUUCUUGAGAAUGGACAGCGGUAUGAAGGUGAUCUUUUAGUUGGUGCAGAUGGAAUAUGGUCAAAGGUGAGAAGAAAUUUGUUUGGACCCAAGGAAGCUGCAUAUUCAGGCUACACUUGUUACACUGGUAUUGCAGAUUUUGUACCUGCUGAUAUUGAGUCUGUUGGGUACCGUGUAUUUUUAGGACACAAACAAUACUUUGUUUCUUCAGAUGUUGGUGCUGGAAAGAUGCAGUGGUAUGCAUUUCACAAGGAACCACCUGGUGGUGUAGAUGGUUCCACUGGAAAAAGGCAAAGAUUGCUGAAGAUAUUUGAGGGUUGGUGUGACAAUGUGAUAGAUUUGUUGCUUGCCACGGAUGAAGAUGCAAUUCUUCGACGGGACAUCUACGAUCGUGCACCGACUUUUACUUGGGGAAAGGGUCGUGUAACAUUACUUGGGGACUCUGUCCAUGCGAUGCAGCCCAAUUUGGGCCAAGGUGGAUGCAUGGCCAUUGAGGAUAGUCAUCAGCUAGCUCUGGAACUUGAUAAAGCUUGGGAACAGAGCAUUGAAUCAGGAAGUCCCGUUGAUAUUGUUUCUUCUUUGAGGAGCUAUGAGAAAGCUAGAAUACUGCGAGUAGCUGUUAUCCAUGGACUGGCUCGAAUGGCCGCAAUCAUGGCUACAACUUAUAAGGCAUACUUGGGUGUAGGGCUUGGUCCAUUAUCGCAGUUUUUGACCAAGUUCAGGAUUCCACAUCCAGGAAGAGUUGGAGGCAGAGUUUUUAUUGACAUUGCAAUGCCUUUGAUGUUGAGUUGGGUCCUCGGCGGUAAUGGCACAAAGCUUGAAGGCAGAUCAUUAUGUUGCAGACUAUCUGACAAAGCUAAUGAUCAAUUGAGGAAAUGGUUUGAAGAUGAUGACGCUCUUGAACGUGCUGCCAGUGGAGAGUGGUGUCUACUUCCAUGUGCGAAUGCAAAUGGUGUUUUGAAGCCUAUUUUCUUAAGUAGGGAUGAGAAACAACCUUGCAUAAUUGGGAGUGUGUCGCAUACAGAUUUUCCUGGAAUAUCAAUAGCCCUACCCUCACCUCAGGUCUCCAAAGCCCAUGCUCGGAUAAGCUGCAAGGAUGGUGCCUUUUUCCUGACAGAUUUGCGGAGUGAACAAGGCACCUGGAUCACGGACAAUGAAGGAAGGCGUUACCGGGUGCCUCCCAACUUCCCUGCUCGUCUCCGUCCAUCAGACAUUGUUGAGUUUGGUUCUGAUAGAAAGGUAGCGUUUCGGGUAAAGCUAAUAAAGGAUCCACAACAGAUUGCGGAGAAGAAGGGAACCAGUGAAAUGUUGCUGGUUGUGUCAUAAUAAGCCUACACUUAUAUGGACCUUUAUUAAUUCAAUUGGCAGACGAAGAAUUGUAUAGAAUUCAUUCUGGGCAGCCAGACAUUGCCAUUCAAUACACACAAAAUACAGUUUGUUUAAAACAUGUAAAUACAACUUCAAGAUAGCGAUCAAAAGCUGUAUCCCUAGCCCAGAUAUUCAAUUUGCUUCUUUUUGUUUCUGAAACAAGAAUGGACGAACAUUCACGUCGUACUAAUGGCUUCAGGGCUUCAGGCU